AUGGAAAAUAAACUUCCUCGUCUUAUAGGGACCCUUCCACGCUCAAGAUGCGGAUUCGCACGAUCCAUCAAAUUGCGACGUAACUCCACUUGGACAUCGACUUCAGAAAGCUGGAGAAAGCCUCCAGCAUGGACCAAUGUGGCAGAGGAUGAGAUUGCUAGAUUAGCAGCCCUACGGCGUCGGCCAUUGACUUUGGCAGACCUUCUCAAACAUGGCCAACCUCCAUUGUCCAAACAAGCUCUUCUUGACUCGGCCAAUUUCACUCUUUCACUUCUUCCUGCGCGUCUAGCUUAUCGCAUACAAUGUUUAAGAAAUCUACCGUUUAUCGUGGUCUCCAACCCCCACGUUUCGCAAAUAUAUAACAACUAUCUUCAUUCGUUAUCAACACUACUCCCUUACCAACAACGCCGAAUCACCACCCUCGAAGAGGAGAAACAAUUCGCUGAAGUGAUGGCGGAUCUUGUAAAUACCCACACCAACACCAUACCUGUGUUGGCGAGAGGGUUUCUGGAAUGCAGAAAGUACAUUAGUGCGGAGGAAGUCACUCGCUUCCUGGACUCACAUUUACGAGCCCGAAUUGGGACCCGAUUAAUCGCCGAGCAGCAUCUUGCACUUCACUUCGCAUCGCAGCCGAUUAGCGAUGAGAAUCCAAACCCGCCACUUUCACAACGAGAACAUGGAUCUCCGAAUUACAUUGGGGUCAUUGAUACUGCUCUAAAACCAUCACAGAUUGUUCGCUCAUGCGAGCAUUUUGUGAGCGAGAUCUGCGAACUGAAGUACGGAGUUCGUCCGACUGUUGAAAUCAACGGAGAGCCCGAUGCAAGCUUUGCCUACAUCUCUGUACACGUGGAGUAUAUAAUCACGGAGUUACUAAAGAACGCAUUCCGAGCAGUCGUUGAGUCUGGGAAUGAACGAGAACCUAUUGAAGUCACUAUAGCAGCUGCCCCAGAUAUUCCAGGCAAUCACCUCAACCAUAUCAAUUACUCACCACAUCAUGCCCGAGAUGGCGAUGUGGACAUAUCCGCCGAAGAAGAGAUUCUAGUCGCUAAUGAAAACAUUCGUCUUACCAACACUUCCUCUCAGAGUAUAACAAUCCGCAUUCGCGACCGUGGCGGAGGCAUUCGACCUGAAAUCCUUUCUCAGGUCUGGUCAUACAGCUUUACGACAUUUUCCGAGGCCAAUGCGGCCGGUGAAUAUAACGGCAACAUUGACGCGCUGAACACGAUUUCAGGCAGUGGUGGAAAUACCAGCACAAUUGCCGGAUUGGGCUACGGCUUGCCGUUGAGUAGGGCUUAUGCUGAAUAUUUUGGAGGAAGUAUUGCGAUUCAGAGUCUGUGGGGAUGGGGAACGGAUGUAUAUUUGACUUUGUCAGGUGUUGGUCGGAUAGGGGAGUGA